AUGAUGAACGAAUUUAAUACUGAACCUGUUACAUUCCAUCACAACUCGUCGCUGGUCGCCGAUGAAAAGAUGAUGCUUAAUCAGCACCCGUCGUAUUACGUGGGUCAAAACAACAACACUGGCGAGGAUUGCAUCGAUAUGAUUGAAGUCCCUCAGAAUCUCGGUCCAGAGCAAGAAAGCUACGAGUUUCCAUCAAAGGCUCGCUUGCAACAACUCGCCGUGUUUUACAAUGACAACGACACUGAUUCCUUCUUUGACGAAUCGUCAUUCACCAACACCUCCACUUCUUCAUUGACAAUGUAUGGCGAUGAACAAGACGAUGACGAUGACGACGACGCGUUGGAAUCGUUGUAUAAGAGGUGUCAGUCGCCAAGACGACAAGAGUUUGAAGAUGAUCAAUUGGAUCGAUUCUUUCAUUCCAUGUCCUUCAAGAGCAAUUGGGAACAAGAAGAAGACGAUGAGAUGAUGGAAGGUGUAUUAGCUGACGAUGGGCGUCUGUCACCGCUGCAGCUACCUGCACAGGUGACCAAUCCCGGUAACAGCAUCAUGCACAAUCACGGCAGUGGCGUUCCGAGAUGUACCGAUCAAGAUGAGGAUGAUGAUUACCUACGCCGUAUUUGCCAUCAACGCCGCCCAAGAGAAGAGUCUUGUGAUUCCACAGCUACUGUCACUCAAGCUAUCUCUCGAGCUAACACCACAUCCACUACUGCUGGUGCUGGUGCUGGUGCAAGUACUACUAUCGUGGCACCUUCUUCAUUUCUUUCCGAUCACCAUCACCACCACCACCAUUUGGGUCGCGUUCAAGAAGAAGAGGAUGAUGAUUACGAGGAUGAUUAUUGGUAUGAACAAGAGUGGCUUCAACGACCACGAGAACGUUUUGGAUCUUCCGAUGAUGAUUCUUCAAACUUGCCAGUCUAUUGCAGUGAGGCCGAGUUGAUUCAUCCAAACGAUUUACAGCAACAUCAACAUCGAUAUGAACGUCGCAUGGAUAGUAAUGGCAGCAGCUUGUUGACGGAUGACUCUCGCAUUGUUCUUGUUCGCCUUGGCACAAAGAAUAUCACUGUUAUCGAGCGUUGCUCAUCCACGGGUACCACUCGCACUGAUGAAGGAUACGAUGAUCGUCUUGAUGAUGAAAAGGAGAAUGAUGGUUUGGGUAUGCUUGAAUCGACAUCCACCUUUUUACCCUUAUCCGAGCAAGAACAAGAGUAUUUGAUGCACAGCGAUAUCUUGCGUACAGCUGCAGCCGUCAAGAUUCAAGCUGUUUGGCGGGGCUAUUAUCAUCGCAAAACCAUGCAACAAGGCAAGCUUCAACCCGCACAACGCAUGAUGGUUGAUGUGGUGCGCUUAUGUGGACAUGUGCAUCGACGACAAAUGACACGAGUGCAAGAACGGCUUGAAGAUGUUGAAACACACUUGCAAGAAGAGACGGCCAUGCGAAUUGCAUUUGAAAAGGCAAUGGAGGAUAUGACUAUCUUGGUGGAUGAGCAACAACAGACCUUGCAUGAACGACUUGAGCAGGAAAUCAGCGUACGACAAUCCUAUGAGGAGCAAAUUGAAGCUACAGCAGCCCAAAUCAAACCUCUCGAAGCACGAUUACGACAAGAAAGUCAUGCUAGGGAUAGGCUUGAAUCCAUGAUGGCGCAUGUUCUUGAAGAAAUGCAUGAGCUUAAAUCCAGCAGGCAACGUGAAGUGGAAGCAAGACGACAACUUCAAGCUGAGCUUGAUGAUGCACGACGUGAAAUUGCUAUUCUCAGCAAGAGAAGUACAACACCCACCACUCGUCCUCCAUCUUCGGUAGCAGGCAACAUUCGUACCGGUCUCACUGUUCAUGCUGGCACUCGGAGUAUCUCAUCCGCUGCAGCACGUAAAAGUGUUGCACGACCAUCAUCAACAACCAUGCAGCAGUAUUCGACCAUUCGUAGCAGGACACCAGCAGCAACACCUUCUCCUACAACUACUUCAAGACGUACAAUCUCUCGAAUGUCCACAAUGCGUCCUUCGUCCACCACCACCAUGUCGCGUAAAAGAUAG